CAACUUGGUACUUCAACUCAAUACCAUCAUCCUACGUUCACUACAUCAUAUCACGUGCCGCAAUAUAACUCUCCUCUUGAUGACAUUCAAUCCCAAAAUAACUACUCAUCAGUUAAUUCUCCUCAAUCGAAUAAUUCUGAAAUCUUUAAACUUAGUAUUCCCGGAUUUAAAAUUAUCGUUAUACCUAAUUCUGUAAAUU